AUGGAUAACAAUAAUAAUACCCAAUUAUCGAAUCGUGACGCGGAAAAAGAUGAGAAAACAAAAACCGAUGAUUUUCUGAGAAGACAAAAAUUGAAAGCACCAACAAGAAGAGCAAUUAUAAUUCCAGCUCAACAACAAAUUAUCAAGAGAAAAGGCAGACCGCCUGGAACGAAAAAUGUGAAAAAUGAGAAGACUUUGAAGAAAAAUGAAAAAAAUAAACAUGAUGUUCCAGAGAUUGAAAAAAACGAUGAGUUUGGAGAAGUGAAAAUUAUGAGUGUUGAAGAAUCAGAGGUGACAUUUAGAAAUACUUUAUUUUGAAAAAUAAUGUGAUUUUUUCAGAAAUUCUGGGAAUCAUAUCUUAAAGAUCAAUGUAUCAAGAUGCCUAUCAAAGAGAUCAAUCCAAUCGACGAAUCAAUUCUAUUUUCAAAACAACAGGCGAUAAACGAAAAUUAUCAAUUAAUGUUUGGAUCGUUGAUCUACAUUCCUGAAGAAGAGCAAAACAUUAUAGACGUAUUGUAUUAA